AUGGUUUGUGCGGGAAUGGAUCAUGUGAACGGGGAACUUGCUCACGGGUUCGAAAAUCUCGUCUGUGUGAGAUGUAACGAUGGUUUCUCUCUCCAGGACCAAAUAGUGAAUUCAUCCGGACAAGUGUGGCAUUCAGAAUGUUUUGUGUGCGCUCAAUGUUUUGAACCUUUCCCGGAUGGGAUUUAUUUUGAGUUUGAGGGUAGGAAGUACUGCGAGCACGACUUUCACGUACUCUAUGCACCGUGUUGUGGAAAAUGCAACGAGUUCAUUGUGGGUCGCGUGAUCAAGGCCAUGAAUGCCAGUUGGCAUCCGGACUGCUUCCGUUGCGAAUUGUGCUCCAAAGCUUUGGCUGACAUUGGAUUUCUCCGCAAUGCCGGGAGAGCUUUAUGCAGAGAAUGCAACGAAAGAGAGAAAGCAGCUGGUUCGGGGAGAUAUGUGUGCCAUCGUUGUCAUGCGAUGAUAGAAGAAGGGCAACAUAUUAAGUUCCGUGGCGAUUCAUUCCAUCCGUAUCACUUUAAGUGUAAACGAUGCAAUAACGAACUAACAGUACAAUCUCGUGAAGUUGGCGGCGAGUUGUAUUGUUUGCGAUGUCACGAUACUAUGGGCAUCCCAAUUUGUGGUGCUUGUCAUCGACCUGUAGAGGAACGAGUAGUAACCGCUCUGGGGAAGAAUUGGCACGUGGAGCAUUUUGUUUGCUAUGUUUGCGAAAAGCCUUUCCUAGGACAUCGCCAUUACGAGCGGAAGGGAUUAGCGUAUUGUGAGCAGCACUAUCACAAGCUGUACGGCAAUGUGUGCUACAAAUGUGGCGAAGCAUGCGGUGGCGAGGUAUUCCAAGCUCUUCAAAAGAGCUGGUGUAUCAAAUGUUUUGCUUGUUCGCUUUGCGACAAAAAGAUGGACCACAGGACGAAAUUCUACGAGUUCGAUAUGAAGCCGACAUGCAAACGAUGUUACGAUCGUUUCCCGACCGAGCUCAAGAAGAGGAUAUCGGACAGCCUAAAGGACCGAGAUAUCGAAAAUCAGCGCCGGCGAUCUCAGAGUCCUACGGCCAUGAGACAGACUUGA